AUGGCACCUCCAGGGCAGCGCAGAGGGAAGAAAGGCCCUCGCCCUGGACUCCAGCGACCCAGGUUAUUGAAACGAAAGCGGGAGGAAGAAGACAUUGAGACCCUGUCACAAAGAGUCGCCGACCUCGACCCCAAGUCUUCAGCACCGCCAGAAAGCUUCCUCGAUGUUCCUCUGUCGCAAGCAACACAAGAUGGCCUCGCUGCCUCGCACUUUAAGACAUUGACGACGAUUCAAAGCAGGACAAUACCGUUAGCACUGCAGGGAGCAGAUAUCCUAGGAGCAGCGAAAACGGGCUCAGGCAAGACUUUGGCAUUUCUCAUCCCAGUCCUCGAGAAUUUGUAUCGCAGAAGAUGGACCGACUACGACGGUGUGGGCGCUCUCAUCCUCUCCCCGACUCGGGAACUUGCGAUCCAAAUCUUCGAAGUCCUACGUAAAGUUGGCCGCAACCAUAUGUUCUCCGCCGGUCUGGUGAUCGGUGGGAAGAGUUUGCAGGAAGAGCGAGAACGGCUCGGACGCAUGAACAUCCUGGUCGCCACGCCAGGGAGGAUGCUGCAGCACAUGGACCAGACGUCUGAAUUAGACAUUGGGAAUUUGCAAAUGCUGGUUCUAGACGAGGCGGAUCGGAUCAUGGACAUGGGUUUCAGCCAAACCAUUGAUGCUCUCAUCGAGCAUCUCCCCCGUGAGAGACAGACACUCAUGUUCAGCGCCACUCAAACGAAGAAAGUCUCCGACCUUGCAAGACUGAGUCUGAAAGAGCCCGAAUUCGUCUCCGUCCACGAAGCAGCAGACAGCGCCACGCCCUCCACCCUGCAGCAAAACUACGUCGUCACCCCCCUUCCGGACAAACUCGACACACUGUGGUCGUUCAUCCGUGCCAACGUCAAGAAAAAAAUCCUAGUCUUCCUCAGCAGCGGCAAACAAGUCCGCUUCGUCUACGAAUCAUUCCGGCAUCUACAGCCCGGUAUUCCCCUACUGCAUCUCCACGGCCGUCAGAAGCAAACGGCCCGUCUGGACAUCACGACCAAAUAUUCAAACAGCAAAUACGCCUGUCUUUUCUCCACCGACGUCGCUGCCCGAGGUCUCGAUUUCCCUGCCGUCGACUGGGUCGUGCAAGUCGACUGCCCUGAAGACGCAGACACAUACAUCCACCGGGUCGGCCGCACCGCGCGCUUCGAGCACGAAGGUCGGGCCAUCCUGUUCGUCGAGCCGUCCGAAGAAGCCGGCAUGCUCAACGCGCUCGAGAAAAAGAAAGUCUUCCUUGAGAAGAUCAACGUCCGGCAAAAGAAGAUGCAGCAGACGAUCCGCAAUCAAUUGCAGAACAUGUGUUUCAAGGACCCAGAGUUGAAGUAUCUCGGCCAGAAGGCCUUUGUGAGUUACGUACGAAGCGUGCAUGUGCAGAAGGAUAAAGAGACGUUCAACGUCAAGAAGUUGGAUCUCGAGGGCUUUGCCGCGAGUUUGGGUCUGCCCGGUGCGCCGCGUGUAAAGUUCGUCAAGGGCGAGGACGCAAAGGCACGCAAGAACGCACCGAGACAACUCCUCGCCGCGUUGGAGGGGAGCGAUUCCGAAAGUGACAAUGCCGGAAACGGAGAUAAACAGAAGAAACGAAAGGGCGACGUGCGCACGAAAUAUGAUCGCAUGUUCGAGCGACGUAACCAGGGCGUCUUGGCUGAGCACUACACGAAACUCAUCGAGGACGAAGACGAAGACGAAGACACCGAAGCCAGCGAUCGCGCCGCAAGCGGAGGUCUGAGAGCAGUCAGAAAUGGCACGCCGGACAACAAUCCCAACGACGAAGAAGAUGACUUCCUGUCCGUCAAGCGCCGCUUCGAUGUCGGCGACUCGGCCCUUGACCAGGAAGUUGAAAGUGAAAGUGACAGCGACAACGACAACGACAGUGGCGCCUCGUCCGCCGAACGCUCCAUCUCCAUCUCCCUCUCCCACUCGAAACGGGACGCGAAGUCCGAUCUCGACGCAAACCCAUCCGCCCCCAAAGAAAUCAAAACCCUCACCCUCUCAACAGCGCGUGACGCCCACCCGCUCACGAUCGACUCUCACCGGCGAGAAAAAUUGCUCAAGUCCAAAAAAGCACUCCUCAAAUACAAGGGCAAAGGCGCGCACCUCACGUUCGACUCGGACAGCGACACGCCCAAGGACAAAAAGGCGUACCGCGACGAAGAAACCUUCACGGCAGGCGGCCGGCAGGCCGCGGAGGCGGAGAUCAAGGAAUUCCGCCGGCGAGAGGCCGAGCGGGCGUUGCGGGCCGACGAGGUGGACAAGGAGAUCGCGAGGACGAAGAAGAGGGAGAAGAAAGAGAAGAGGAAGGAGAGGGAGCGCAGACAAUACUUGGGGAUUGAGGAUCGAGGCGAGGAUGAUGAUGACGAUGUCGAGCAUGCCGGGGUGCAGCUUGUCCCGUACGACGACGACGACGACGACGACGACGACGACGCAGAUGCAGAUGCAGAUCCGCGCCAACAGGACGAUGGAGUGCCGCCCAAGGCAAAGAGAGCGAGGAAAUGGUUCGAAGAUGCCUCCUCGGAUGAUGGAGAUGAAGAUGAAGAUGGAGCGGGUGAUAUUCGACUGACGAAGAGCGGGAAGAUGAUAUCCAAGAGAAAGCGAAAGAACCGCGCCGAAGACGAGCAUCCUCAGACGCUGGACGAGCUGGAAGCUUUGGCGUCUGGUCUGCUCGCUGGUUCGUGA